CUGGCUCUCUUGCCUCGUCUUACCUCAGUCUCAAUCAUCCAUUCAUCAUUCCUUCCAUCCCCCCACUCCUGCGGGCUGAGGCUACCCUCAGAGAGCAUGCUCAACAUCUGUCGCUAAGCUGUUGUCGAGGUGUACAGUCUCUGCGGUUGCCUGCGUGGGCCUCAUUAUACUGUGUCCUGUAUAAACAGGCAGCUGCUGCCGUCCCACCUGGCCAUCUCCACUCUGUUGCUAUUACAGAGACUGUUAGGCCAUUAAAGAUUAGUGGAGCACACCAGAGUUCACUCACUAAAUAAGAGAGUGGCAGAGACAUGCAAAUAUGAAGUUGGAGUCCUGCCAUUAAUUUAAAGAACACCUGCCUGCCUGUCUAGCUAGAAUAUAUACACUAAUUUUAGUACAUGCAUGCAUUUAGACAAUACUCCCAGACAUUUCUCUGUACUUUAUGCUGUGUCCACUCAAAAGGCCUCAGCUCUAACAGUGGAAGCUUUCCUCAGGGGCUUGGCAAGCUUGGUGAAACCAUUCUCACUCUCACUUGGGAUUAGGUUAUUUCACAUGGCAGGCAUUUGACUGUGGAUAAUUAAAAUGUUUCUAAGGAGACAUCUAUCAAAUUGGUUGUAUGUUCUGUGUAAAAAAUUAACAAAAUCUAAACAUAUGUGUUACAUGCCUGUAAACUGCCUAUUACUGCUUACUGAUAAGGGCGUCAGAUGAGCAAACGCUUUCAAGUAUCAUUCUGAAGUGAAUGGACCAACAACCUAUUUUGUUGUUUAAUCUGGACGACUUGUUGUAACUGCCAGUUUGGCUUUGAAUUCAGUGGACUAACACCAUGAGUGAAUGGUUUAACAUUUGACAGUAGGAGUCUAAAAAUACUCACAAAGAAGAAAAUAAUAAAUAAAGUCUUGAUCAAGAUAAAUGUGUGGAGCAUCAUUAUAUAAUAUGUUGAACAUGACAUGCAAACUGUAAGUGACUGGUUGUUUCCAGGAGAACUCAAAGGCAUCAUUGAAAAGAACACAAUGAACUUUGGAAUGUUUUUCUAUAAACAAGGUUGGAGCCAAAUUAUAUUUUUCAAAAUUGUCUCAAGUGAAAAGAAAGCAACGCAGAGUUCCAUAAAGGACAGAAGCACUGAAAAUACCAACCUAGAAGUUGACCAAAAAAUGAGACGCCACAAGAGGACAGCAGAUCCAGAGACAGAUCAAAGGGCCAAGUUCUGCCCAGCAUCACCCACCACUUCUGUUGAGACUGACAGCACAGAACAAGAGGUUAAAAGGUUGAAGAGGCGGACCAACGUCAUCCAAGAAAGAAAGGAUGUAAAGAAAGAGCCUAUAGAUGAUGACAAAGGAGGGAAGCAAAAUAAGCGCACUCCCGGCAGGAGUAAACUCACCUCCCCUCCUCGCCAGUGGAUCUCCGUGAAGAGACUUCUGAAUGUGGAAAACAGUUUGGCCUUUGGGAUGGAGAUGCUACCUGCCUUCAGCAAGUCCUUGUACCCCUCCUACUCUCUCCCAGCCUCUCUUCCCUCCCACACUGCUUCUUCUUUUUCUUCCUCCCUGUCAGUGAGUCAGGUCCAUAAAUCAAGGGAUCAAAGGCAUGGACCUAAUCUGAGCUUUCUGCCUCCAAUUGACCGAGGGCUGUUUGCAUUGUUGCGAGACGCCGACUUCUACUGCAGCACAAAGACAUACACAUUGUCUGUUGGCUCCCUCAAUACUGCCCUGCAGCUCAUCUCUAAAGGCCAUGUGUUGAACGACAUGCAGUGCGCAGACCCUGAGGACAUCGACCUUGUGAUCAGCUACAUCCAGGCGAGGCUGGUGGUCUGCUACCUGAGGAUGAAGAAGCCCCAGCUGGCCCUCGAACACGCGCACAGGAGUAUCCAGCUGAACCCGAGACACUUCCAGAACCAUUUGCGGCAGGCUGCAGUCUACAGGAUGCUGGGCAAACCCUGCCAGGCAGCAAAGAGUGUGUUGACUGCUGACUGGCUGUAUUGUCUGUUGGGAGGCACCGAGCGCCAUAUCAGCACGCAGCUCAAACUCUAUUGGCAGGCUAUGCUGUACCAAGCUCAAGCCACAGAGAAGGAUGUCACUGUGAUGUACACGCCUUACACUGGAGAGCUUACAGACAAGGACAUCAGCCAAGCAGAAGAGGCUUUCAUGAAGUAUCACCCUACCUUCACUGAUUUCAUAUACACAGACCCCAGAGGAGGCCAUGUCCUCCCCCAGACCACUGACUGGCUGUCUGUUCCAGCUGUACCUAAGCAUUACCUCAUUACCCUGGGCUUUAGGAGAAGAGAGGAUGGCCUCUUCCUCAAGAAGAUACACUCAAGGAUCUGUCCCUCUUUCACAGGAGGGAAAGAAAAGUUGUUGAGUCCCAAGCAACAAAAGAAGAUGGACGAGGAAGAAACUUGGAAGUUAUGUGAAAAGUAUGAGAAGAUCUUGCCUGUCCUGGAUCUGAUGCAGGCCACCCAAAUUAAUUCAGGUGUGUGUGCGGGCUCAGGUCUGAUUGAGUGGCUUCAGUAUAGCAGCCUGCUGUUUAAACUGGGCUACCACAGAGAGCACAGCACCAUACUGCACCGCUGCCAGGCUCAGCUCGCCACCGCUCCCUACCUGCCGCAGAUCAGCACACAGCAGGAAAACACACUGGUUGGUUGGUUGGAGGAUCUCAUUCAUUCAGUGGGGAGGAAAUACCUCCGCAAGAAAGCUCAAAGACAUCUGUGCAGAGAGAAGAACAAAGACAAGGCCAAAGGGAAGAAGAGAUCCAGCAUCUCCAGGGAAUUAUUUCCAACCCCUGCUACUGAGCACAAAGUAGUCAAGAGGAUCUCACCUUCUGCUAAAACCCUGACUCCCAGCAGUUCAAAGACAGCCUCAUACUGUAGCUCAUCAGCAGAAAAGAAAACAGCCAAUGAAAGCUCUUCAUCAACGAGGAAAAUCACUCCUAGCAACAUCACUGAAAGUGAUGUAUUGAAUUCUGUUAAUCCAAUUUUAUCAGAAACCGCCAAUCAGAUGAGAAGCUCACCAGCAUUAGCUUAAAUUGGCUGCACAAAAUGAUUAUUUGUAGGGAAUUUGAGUAAGUACUGCAUAACCUAGAAUGUUAAUGUGAUGUGAGAUUAUAUAUUAGAAGUGCGUGUAAUUGUGAUUUAUAAGAUAUAGAAAUUACUGUAAAUA